AUGUUUCUCUCGAGAGGAUCGCGGGCCCUGCGUACCCAAUUCCAGAUAUGCAAGGGCAUGAGCAGAGUCGCCGUCGCGGCGGCAGCAUCCGGACGCUACCCCGCAAGGGCGUUCCAUAUGACCCGGAACCUCCAGGUCAUCAAGCCCGUGUUGCUCGCUGACAUUGGCGAAGGCAUUGUCGAGUGCGAGAUCAUCCAAUGGUUCGUAGAACCCGGGGCGCGCGUGGAGGAGUUCUCCCCGCUGUGCGAGGUGCAGAGCGACAAGGCCUCCGUGGAGAUCACCAGCCGCUUCGCGGGCGUGGUCAAGAAGCUGCACUACGAGGCUGGGGAGAUGGCCAAGGUGGGCAAGCCGUUUGUGGACAUCGACAUCCAGGGCGACGCGAAGAAGGAGGACCUCGAGGCCCUCACCCCUUCCGAGCCAGCCGCGGAACCCUCUGCCAGCACGUCGGCAGAGCAGCCAACGGUCACGCAAGAAAUCCAACAAGCUGAGGGCAAGGCCGCUCCCCCGAGCACUUCAGCCCCUUCGGCUACGACACCAGAAAAGAAGGGCAAGCAUGCCGGCCUGGCCACGCCAGCCGUCCGGCACCUCUCCAAGGAGAAGAACAUCGACAUCACACAGAUAAAUGGCACCGGCAAAGACGGACGGGUUCUCAAGGAAGAUAUCUUCAAGUUUAUAGAGAGCAGGGACUCUGGCGCGUCGGCAGAGCAGUCCUCGCCGAGCCCAUUCGCGCCCCCACCCGCCGCCAGCGGAGUCCAGGAGGAAACGCCGGUGCCGCUCACCAACACGCAGCUCAUGAUGUUCAAGACCAUGACCCGCUCCCUCUCCAUCCCUCACUUCCUCUACUCGGACGAGAUCGACAUCACGAGCCUGAGCGAGCUGCGCGCGCGGCUCAACAAGGUCCUCGCGCAGCAGUCCGGCCCCGAGACCGGCGACGUCCGCAAGCUCUCGUACCUGCCCUUCAUCAUCAAGGCCGUCUCGCUGGCGCUGUACCGGUACCCGGUCCUCAACGCCCGCGUGGACUCGGAGCCCGAAGGCCCCGGGUCCAAGCCGCGCCUCGUCCACCGCAGCCAGCACAACAUCGGCGUGGCCAUGGACACUCCCCAGGGCCUGCUGGUGCCCAUGGUCCGGGACGUCGGCGCCCGCAACGUGCUCUCCAUCGCGUCGGAGCUGCAGCGCCUGCAGGCCCUGGCGCAGGCCGGGCGGCUGUCGCCGCAGGACCUGUCGGGCGGGACCAUCACCGUGUCCAACAUCGGCACCAUUGGCGGCACCUACCUGAGCCCCGUCAUCGUGGAGAAGGAGGUCGCCAUCGUCGGCGUGGGCCGCGUGCGCACGGUGCCGGCCUUUGACGGCGACAGCGACCGCGUCGUCCGGCGCCAGGUGUGCAACUUCAGCUGGAGCGCCGACCACCGCGUCGUCGACGGCGCGACCAUGGCGCGCGCGGCCGGCGUCGUCAGGCAGGUCGUCGAGGAGCCGGACGUCAUGGUCAUGCACCUGAGGUAA